AUGACCAACAUUACCGACAUUGACAAAUGCAAAUGUUCUGCAAUCAGCUCAAAAAAAAAGCCUUAAAGACUUUACUAUAUAUUUUCAAGAGAGUAAUGACAUCUCCAUUGUUUAAUGAAGAUGACAUUGUAAAGGAUAUUAUUGUUCAAAGUAACAGACAUUUUGAAAGGUCUUUGUUGAUUAUUUCAAAUGGGAGGUCAAGUACAAGUGUACAUCAUUCUAAUGUAACAUUGAAAGUGUAUGCUUCUUUUGGUUCUUUAAUCAAUGACCAUGUUAUCAAUAGAAUACGUAUUCAAGCCACAUUUUUUGUAAACAAUGUAUUUAAUAAUGUCCAAUAA